UCAUCUUCUCUUAUCUGAGCAUAGCUCUCUAAUUAGAUCUUACUUCCUAAUCAUCACUUUUUCUUCACUGGGAGAGACGAAAACUAUCAUAUUACAACGCACUCGAAAUGGAUUCUACCCAGUUUUGAAACCCUAGACAGAGACGAAGUAGAAGAAGAGCACGACGACGACGAAGAGAAGAAGAGGAGAUAUUGAAGAUGUUCUACUCUCAUACGUUUCUCGCGAAGAAGAGCCCUCUGGGAACUAUCUGGAUCGCUGCCCACCUCGAACGCCGCAUCAAGAGGCCCCAAAUUGAGGGCAUUGACAUCCCCUCCUAUGCCGACUGUAUCAUGUUUCCCGAAGUACCGAUAGCCUUGAGGUUAUCCGGGCACCUUCUUUUGGGCCUUGUGAAGAUAUACUCUUGGAAGGUCAACUACCUCUUCCAAGACUGUAAUAGGGUGUUGUCUAAUAUAAGGACUGCAAUCGCCUCUGCACAAGUUGACUUACCGGCAGAUGCAAAUCGGGCACCAUUUGAAUCCAUAACCUUGCCUAACACUUUUGCACUUGAUGCCCUUGAAUUGGAAGAAAGUACUUAUGAAGCAGAUGGCCCAGAUAAGAAUCGAUCUUCAUAUGAAGAGAUUACUCUGAAUGACACUAUUCCUGCUGAAGGAGCUCAAUAUGAGGCUUUCUACCUUGAAGAGGAGUUCAGGUUCGAUCCUUCUCCCCAACCUGUGCCAGCGGACAAUGAAGCUAUACCAAUGGAUGAAGAUAUUUUGCCUUCAGGAGAGGUUGGUGUUGAUGCUACUGCCACUCCAAUGGAGCACGUAAUGGCUCCGGCUGAUCAGGAUGUAAGUUCCAUCCCAAGUGUCAGCGAGGCACAACAAGCUUCUCAAGAGUUCCCGGAGAUUGAUGUUAUGCGUGAUGCUGUGGACAAUCCUGAUCCAGUAGCAUUUCAAGAAUCACCCAUCAAGAACAUGGACUCUGGUGGUAUGGCUGAUACUUCUAUUCUUUCUCCACCGGUUGAACAUGUAUUGGCUCCUGAAGCUGGACUGGCAUCCUCUACCGCACAUGUUCAAGCAUCAGUUACUGCUGGAUCUUUAGAUGAUCCUAAAUUGACUAACACAGGAGUUUCUUUAGAACAAGCUGCGCCUGACUUUGAGCUAAAACCCGCUCCCGCUGUCAAGAGAAGGAGGGUAAAUGCAAGAAAGAAAGGACAGUAUUUCGAUGAAGAGGUUAUUUUGAGUAAUGAGGUGAUGAGAGAGCAGCUUGAUGAUACUACCAGGUUGGUAAAGAAGCGAGGCAAACUCCCCGGUUCGAGUCUGGAUAUAUGGAGGUUUCGCAAGGCACAACAGAAGGAGAACAUUUUCAAUGAACCCUUGCUUUCCGGAAUGAGUAGUGAUCUCCAGAAAGCUUUCAAUAAAGCCUUUCCCUGUGUGAAUGUCAAUGAUCCCUUCGCCUUUGAGGCUCUGCCAAGAUCACCAAAUGCAGAGGCAGAAAAUGCGGCACCUGAGCUAGAAAUGCAACCUGAACAAGCUCAGUCUGAUCAUCAAGUUGAUAUGGACGUACCUGACUUCACCACUCCUGAUGUCGAUCGAUCAUCAAAGCAACCUCAAUCCAUAGAUGUUGUUGGUGGAAAUUUAUCUGAUUUGGUUCCUUCUCCGAGCAAAGGAGGGGAUUUUACUCAAUUUGACAGUAAUAUAGGUUCAACUUCUCAUGUUGGAGGCACUUUUGCCACUGAGGAGACAAUGCCUGCAUUUGAAGCUCCUCCAUCGGCUGAGCCGUUUGGUUUGGAACCUGAAACACCUUUAGCUCAUUCUGAACAAUGGCCUGUUAAUGACCCUGUCCCAGAGUUCGCCACCAUACAAAUUUCUGCAGAAAAAGAAGAACUGAGUUUCUUGGAAUCAAGUAAUGCAUCAUCUGAUUCUGAACAACUGAAUGUUGAGAACAUGUCUUCAAGGACUAGAGCUGUUGCGCAAUAUUUAAAAAGCCAUUCUCCGGCAACUCAAGCUUCGAAAGAUCCUACUGGAACUCUGAGCUUAAACAAGAUUCUGGAAGGCAAAACAAGAAAGAUAUGUGCAAGGAUGUUCUUCGAAACCACGGUUUUGAAGAGCUGCAAUCUUAUCGAUGUCAAACAAGAUGAACCUUAUGGUGAUAUUUCAAUUUCACUGAAGCCUUCACUUUCAACAACCGAAUUUUAAGUUACUUCUCAUCAUCUCAAACUUUUUGCUUUCCUCUCUAAUUUGAACAGUUUUGCUGAACCAGAUCAGAAUAGAAAUCUGGAAUUUUGAAUGCAACUCUAUAAAUAUUUUCUUUAUGUACAUUCCAUCUAUAUAUAUUUAUUGUA